AUGGCCGAAUCUCUCCUCUUCAGUGUCGCAGAAUCACUCAUUGGGAAGCUUGCUUCUCGUGCUGUUGAAGAAGCUUCUCGGGUGUUCGGUGCAUACGACGAUCUGCGAGAGCUCAAAGAAACUGUGUCAUUAAUCAAAGCUGUGCUGUUGGAUGCAGAGCAAAAGCAGCGGCAGAACAACAACGAGUUGUGUGUGUGGCUGAGACAAAUUAAGCGUGUUUUCUCUGAUGCCGAAGACAUAAUUGAUGAUUUUGAAUGUGAAGCGUUACGUAAGCAUGUGGUCAACACUUACGGUAGCUGCACAAGGAAGGUACGCCGGUUCUUCUCAACAUGUAAUCCUCUUGUUUAUCGUCUUAGAAUGGCACAUCAGAUUAAAGAUGUUAAAAAGAGGUUAGACAAAGUUGCUGCUGAUAGGAAUAAGCUUGGCCUUCAAACCAUUGAGAAUGAUACACGUGUUGUGCAUAGGAGGGAAAUGACUCAUUCCCAUGUUGCUGCUUCCCAUGUGAUAGGAAGGGAACAUGAUAAAGAAAAUAUUAUAAAGCUUUUGUUGCAAGAUGGUACUGAAGAUAGAAGUCUUUCUGUUAUUCCCAUUGUGGGAAUUGGUGGCUUGGGAAAGACUACACUUGCACAAUCAGUGUUCAAUGAUAAGAGUAUAGAUGAGUCUUUUCCAUUGAAGAUGUGGGUAUGUGUCUCUGAAAAUUUUGAACUUGAGGAUAUGCUUCGUAAAAUCCUCAAGUCUGCUACGGAUAAUAGUACUUCUGCUCCUACCCUUACUCACCAAGAGAGCUUUAAAAGCUAUGAUAUGGAUCAACUCCAACGUCAUCUAAGAAAUAAACUUGCUGGUAAAAAGUUCUUGCUUGUCUUGGAUGACGUAUGGAACGAGGAUCGUGUUGAAUGGAUUAAGUUGAAGAAUUUACUAGAAGGAGGUGCUGAAGGAAGUAAAAUCUUGGUAACUACACGUAGCCACUCAAUUGCUACCAUGAUGGGCACUAAUUCAUUUUAUCGUUUACAAGGUCUUUCUCCAGAAGACUCGUUAUCUCUAUUUGUCAAAUGGGCUUUCAAAGAAGAAGGAGAAGAGAGAAGAUAUCCUGAAUUGUUGCAGAUUGGGAAAGAAAUUGUGAAAAAAUGCGGUGGGCUUCCGUUGGCAUUGAGAACAUUAGGGAGUUCAUUAUUCUUAAAGGUUGAUAAACAAGAGUGGGAGUGUGUUAGAGACAAUGACAUUUGGAAUUUACCUCAAAAACAAGGUGACAUCCUGCCUGCUAUAAAAUUAAGUUAUGAUCAACUGCCUUCAUAUUUAAAACCAUGUUUUGCUUGCUUCUCCUUUUCCCCGAAGGACUUUGCUUUCAAUAAUUUAAUUGUUACACGGCUUUGGCUGGCACUUGGGUUUCUUCCAUCACCAAACAAAAACAAAACAUCGGAAGAUGUUUGCAUUGAACUUUUGUGUGAGCUACAAUCAAGAUCUUUUCUUCAAGAUUUUAGUGACUAUGGUACUGCUUGCAGUUUUAAAUUACACGAUUUGGUGCAUGAUCUUGCGAUGUAUGUUGCAAAGGAUGAGUUCCAACUCAUAAAUUCAAGCAGUCCGGAUAUAUCUGAGAAUGUCCGGCAUAUGAUAUUCAUAAAAAAUGAUUUGCUUGGUCAAACUUCAAUUCCAAGAGGUCUGAGAUGCAUAAUUUUUCCUGAGGGAGCCAACAAUGAAGCUUUCUUGAAUACGUUGGUGUCCAGGUGCAAAUACUUGCGGUUAUUGGAAAUAUGUAAGUCUAAAUAUGAGAGUUUGCCCAGCUCCAUUGGUAAGUUGAAACAUUUAAGAUCUCUUUCUCUUGAAAACAAUGAUAAACUUGUGAGGCUCCCUAGUUCAGUGUGCGAGCUCCAACAUCUGCAAGCUUUGUCCCUCGGAGGAUGCACAAAGUUACAAACAUUGCCCAAAGGAAUAGGAAAAAUGAUCAGCCUUCGACUUCUGGGUUUAAGCACAAAGCAGUCUGAUUUUCCAGACAAAGACAUUGCCAAAUUGACUUCUCUAGAAAUAUUAGUAUUGAGUCAUUGUCACAAUUUGGAGUCAUUGUUCGAAGGGGUGCAACUUCCUAAGCUUAAAUGGUUAACUAUUUAUUUCUGUGGGAGUCUAAAGUCUUUGCCACUUCAUGCUACUCCAAAUCUUGAGACUUUAGUUAUUGAGAAGUGCAAUAAGUUGGAACUGUCGAAGGGCCCUGACAGCCAAAUCCUUGAGUUGAAGUUAAAGCUUGUAAGUCUUGAUAAUUUGCCACAACUGGUGACUUUGCCACAAUGGCUGCGAAGAUCUGCCAGCACGUUACGUUCCUUACAGAUUGAGGACUGUGACAAUCUAAAGGAGCUUCCCGAGUGGCUAUCGACUCUGAUUUUUCUGAAAAGACUUUUCAUAUACAAAUGUCCAGAGUUGCUUUCACUCCCUGAUGACAUGCAUGGUUUCAUCAACCUUGAAGAAUUAGAUAUUCAAGAUUGUCCGGAAUUAUGCAGAAGAUACCGGCCAGAAGUCGGACGUGAUUGGCCCAAAAUAUCACACAUCAAAAAUGUCUUAAUUGGUGAACUAUCAUCAGCGGAAGAGGAAUUUUGA